AUGAACAACAGAAAGAAGUUUGAGGAGAUAAAGCAGCAGCUCGAAUCCUUCCUUACCCCAAGACACCUUAGAAAUGAGUUUCCACACGAGAAGGGGUGGGUGGUACCUGAGAGCAUGUCUCACGAAAGUGAGCUUAGGAAAGAUGGAAUUCAAUAA